AUGGCGUCUACCGUCCUUGGAAAGAGAACGCGUAGUUCUGCACGCAUCGACGACGGGACGUCCCUGACGCGCUCUGCAGACUCCAAGCUCCACCUCGCAACACGCGCAAAACGGAGGACGCAGUUCGUGAUACACGAUGAGGGCGAGAUUGAGAACCCCUUCGUCACCCCGAAGAAGCAGCAUGUGGACGAGCCCGGAGACAAGGCGGCGGCGAGACGCGGAAGGAAGGCGCGCACAAGUCCUGCCCAAGAAAACUCUCCGCAGAAGGCGCUCGUCGACCUGCCAGACAAGUUCGCGCCUACCCCCUCGACGCCCAGGCAUCGCGACACACUUGCCGGCAAAGUGGCCGUUACACCCAGACACCGACUCAUCAUCGCCGGCCGGCCGCUGACGCCUCGCACUCCCCACACCCCAGGCACUCCGCGCAGCACCGCGCCCACCAUCUACCACGAAGCGCGCCAGGUCUUCGCAAGAGGCUCUGCCCCCACCGCGCUGUUCGGCCGCGACACCGAGAGGAGGGAGCUCGCGGCCUUCAUCACAAACCGAACCAAGGCCAAGACCUCAGGCUGCAUCUACGUCUCCGGCCCGCCCGGCACCGGCAAGAGCGCCUUUGUCAACGAUGUCUGCCGCACCGUCUCCGCGGACGAGUCUGUCAGAACCGGCUACAUCAACUGCAUGAGCGUGAAGAACGCUACAGAUCUGUACAGGACGCUGCUCGAAGACUUUGUCGACAUCACCGAAGUUGCAGAGGGCGACGAGAUGGAAGCGCUGCGGACCGUCUUCAUGCAGCGACAGACGUCGUAUGUUGUUACCCUCGACGAAGUGGACCACCUGCUCGAGCUCGACGUCGAGCUCUUCUACAACAUCUUCGAGUGGUCACUACAAAAGGCAUCGGGGCUGGUGCUGGUCGGCAUUGCCAACGCGCUGGAUCUCACGGAUCGCUUUCUCCCGCGACUCAAGGCCCGCGGUCUCAAGCCACAGCUACUGCCUUUCCUCCCAUACAAUGCCGCCCAAAUCUCCUCCGUCAUCACUGCCAAACUCAAAGCCCUUCUCCCAGCCGGCUCAACACAGCUGCCCUUCAUCCACCCAACCGCCAUUGUGUUCCUCUCCAAAAAGGUAGCCGCCCAGUCCGGCGACCUGCGCAAAGCCUUUGACAUCUGCCGGCGAGCAAUCGACCUCGUCGAAGCCGACACGCGCGACCGACACGCGAAAAAAGCCACAGAAAUCACACCAUCUCCCACGCCUUCGCCCUCGAAAACACCGCUUGUAGAGAACAUCAACUUCUCCUCCCCGGCCAUCCGCUCUCCCGCCAAAACCAAAGACCUAAACAGCGUCAUCGCAGCUUCCCUCGCCUCGCUCACCGUCGAAACUGCACCGCGCGCCACCAUUGCCCACAUGGCCAGAAUUACAGCAGCUGUCUUCAGCAACGGCACCAGCCAACGCCUGCGGAACCUCAAUCUGCAACAAAAAGCCGUUCUCUGCUCGCUCUCUGCUAUUGAGAAGAAGAAGCGCGCCACUGCCGCCGAUAGCAUCUUGGCCACACCUUCCCGAUCCCACACUACAUCCCCUAGCAUCAAGGAACUCUUCGAAGCCUACACCGUGCUAUGCAAACGAGAAAACAUACUGCAUCCUCUGACGAGCACAGAGUUCAGAGACAUUGUGAGCAGUCUGGAAACACUCUCGCUUGUCUCAGCGGUGGAGGGCAAAGCGGGGUCGCUGGAUGUUGGCGCUGGCACGCCGAGCCGGAGAGGCAGGGGCAAAGCCUUCCCCGGGGUUGCGGUAGAGGAUCGCAGGGUUGCUAGUGUUGUUGGAGAAAAGGAGUUGGCGGAUUCACUCGUAGGACCUGGAGCAGGGAUUCUCAAGGGGAUUCUUGAGGGGAACUAG